AUGCCGCCGCCAAAGUGGAAGACUGAGAUUGUCCCCUCUCACAAGUUCGAGUUCAUCAACAUUGCCGACUUCCACUCCAGCUCCCCCUGGGCCCGGAUCCGGUACUUGUGGGUGUGGACCAUGUUCUUCAAGGCGAUCCUGGUACUCUGUGGUGAUGUCUGGACUUGCACCAUCCUCAUCAUCUCUGGUGCGUGGACCUCUGAGAUCAAGCCAGCGAUUGAGGUCUCGAUUGCUAGGUGGAUUUUUACGGGGUGUAUCCUGUUGUCAUUCUUGUUGUUGGUGACUGAUUUCAGGAAGGCGAACAGGGUGAUGAAGAGCGAGGAUAUCUCGUAUGCGGUGUCGAAUACGAUUGUCUCAGGGUUUUAUUGUCUGCAGAAGUUUGAUUACUUUUGUUUUAUCGAGAAGAUCCGGAACUCGAGCAAGGUGCACGACAAGCUGGCAGUCAUCAACAUCAUGACCCUCGUCGCCUUCAUGAAGGCCCUCGGCUUCGACUUUGACCACCUUGACGAAAUCUCCCAGAUCCUUCCCAACCUAAAGCCCGCAGACAAGUUCACCUUCUGCGUCAUGGUCUUCACCUCCCUUAUGUUUAUCUUUUCGGGACUCGCCACUCUCGUCGCCAUUAUUCUCUGGAUACCAUUGGUCGCCAAGGUCCAGGGCAACCUUAAAGAGUAUGUCUGCCACAAGAUGGAUAAGCGGAUCGAUAAUAUUAUCAAGAAGAAGACCAUGGAGCGGGCUAAACAGGCCAGGCGACAGCAGGAGCUCGAAGAUAGGAGGUACCAUGAGAGUCUCGGACAUGGAGGCAGUAGCGGCAGUGGCGGUAACGGCAAUGGUGGCGAAAGUGGUGCUGCUGCAGGCAGUGGUGGAUUCAGAAGAAGUGGGAGACCUAUUUCGGCAAAGACACCCGUUUUCGGAGGAUCGACUCCAAGGCGCCCCAAACCGACUCUACCCGACAUUGAUGUGAUCCUCGCCAAUGCCCAUGAGGAUAUCCGGUUACCACCCAAAGCUCGAACCUCGCAGCAACAACAGCGUCCUCAGCAUAUCGAUCAGCACCCACACCACCCUCACCAUAGCAGCAGCCUUCACAAGCAGCAUCACCAGCACCAUCAUCACGCCUCACACCCUUACAACUCUAAACACAACCAAUACGCAUACCACGAGAGUCCAACAUCCGCCCACGCCUCGCCAUACAAUGGCGCCAGGCGGUCUCUCAGCAGCGAUGAACGCGCAGCAGGAAUGGGCUACCACGGAACCAGCCGGCAUCACUUGCAGACAUACCAAUACCACCCUUCACCUCAGCGAUCCCAUGAGGCCACCAACAGGAAGCAAUCUCUGGCGUCGGUACAUUCAGAAGGAUCUCUUAUCAUGUACAACCGCAGCCUUCCGGGAAGAGGAGGACAACCACUGUCAAAGGCCGCCCAGAUUGCUCGUUACUACCGCGAGCAGCAGCAGCAGCAACAGUCCUUACAACAGCAACAACAGCGUCAGCAGUCGGCUUGGCUUUCUCAACCCCCCACAGGAUCCAGUCCCCAACACCAACAAUAUAACCAGCAUCUCCACCCGUUGCAGAGUCAAAACUAUCAUGACACUCGGCCUCAUACGCCGAUAUUGAUGCGUGCAGUCAGCGAUGAACCCGAGAACUGGGCUGCUCAUUAUGGGUUCCCGACGUAUGCCAGCCAGACUGGGUCGCCUUCGACUGUCGAGCAGUUUUCGAUAUACCGACCGGAUUCGGGAGUCUUGCCUGACCAAAACGAUCCGUACUACAAGCAGUUUGCGUCUCAGACGAGUGUGCACAGCUCUAAUUUGCACCAGCAUGGCGAAUCAGUUGAGGGGUCUAGAUCUGGAUCGAGCGGGAGGGAUGGUCAAACUGGAGAGGCAACGGGAGAAGAGCUGACGAUGUUGGAUCGACGUGGCAGUAACGGAAUUGCAAAGGCGACAUUGGUAUACCGACCCGACAAGACCGAGCUGGAGCACUACGAUAACCUGUAUAAGGGUAUUACAGAUACUCAUUUGAGGGUCAAGGCUACCCGGACCAUGUCGAUCCGAUCUCGCUCUUCAACUCGUCAGUCGAAUUCGCAUGAAUUUUCAUAUACCAGGGCUCUGCGCCAACAGCAACAGCAGCAAUGGUUGGAUGACAAGACUGGGUACGGUCAGCUUGAUUCCAUGGUCCAACAACAACAACAACAACAACAACAACAACAACAACAACAACAACAACAACAACAACAACAACAACAACAACAGCAGCAACAACAACAACAACAACAACAACAGCAGCAACAACAACAACUCUAUGACCGAUUCCAUUCCUCGUCAUCGCUUCGUUCAUCACACGCCACCACAUCCCUCACAUCAGCAUCGUCCCUCCCGCUAACUGCCCGCGCAUCAUCCGACCAGCUCCGUGAGAACCACAAACACACUACCACUGUUCACCUUCCCACACGCGACUUUUCUGGGAAGGAAGAACUCUUUUCGCAGCACGGAUUCCCUGUAGUCAUUCCACAUACACCAUCGCCACUGGAUCGGCAGAGUACAAAGAGUUCGUUGGGCUCUGAACUUGAACCGGCUAUCAGGAUCGAGGAUGUCUUGCACGACUUGAAGGCCUCUCUGUACUACCCACAGAACACCAGGAGUGGCAGCCCUUUACCUCCGCCGCCAUCGACGAUGCUGCCACCCAGUCCCGUCCCUAUCAACAGUGCUGUUGGCGCUACUCACACUCGCUCCAGAACCGGCACACCACCAACUCGAUCCAGGACCCCCGUAAACGCUACUCCGCCGCCUCAUCCUCCUACUCAACCAGCGCCACAGCGAAUGUCGCCAGACAGGAUCUCAGCCGCGACAUUUAUUUCAGGGCAAGACCUUUACCUCCGUUCACCCCCGCCGCCUGCUGGUGUAGAUGACAAUGUCAAGGUGGAGGUGUUUGAGGAUUGCAGCAGGAAUAUCAAGGUCGAAGUCCGCGGCAUGGCUGAGGAGGAAAUCGAGAUCAAGGAUGAGAAUAGGUCCCAUACUAUCGCUGUUCCUGCCCCUGUUCCUGUUCCUGUUCAGGAGGGUGUUGUCACCCAUCUGGUUUCCACUCUACCACACUGCGGUGCAAUUGUCGCUGCUGUUGCUGAGGAUACUGAAGAACCGAUGGCGCAAUUAGAUGCGGAUGACGAUGAUGAUGGUGAUGAUGGAUGGGGGUACGACCGAGUCAAAUGGAAGGAGGAGGAGGAGGAGGAAGAACAAAAGCCAGCAGCAGCACCAGUAACUGCUCCUACCUCGACAGCAGGAUUUCCAGAUCGACCACCUUCCCUGCCAAUGUGUCCACCCCCGAAUUUCCACCCCCAGGAAGCAGAAUUACAGCAUCAGUCGCCUCAACUCCAGCAGCAACAGCUCCGGUGGUCUGUCAUUAAGCAAUCGCGUCUGUCGACUGAAUCGCGCCGUGACCACAUCACCGGCACCAACAACAAUUCCUACCAGGACCAUCCCCGCGUCGUCGAUUCCCCAGAGCCAGAGGCCGAGCUGGAGGUUAAAGAGGAGCCAGAGGCUGAGUCGAAGGUUAAAGAGGAGCCAGAGAAACUGAUGUACCUCCGCACAAAAAACACCUCCAAAUCCUCCCUCGCCUCUAUUAUCUCCAUUCCCUACGUCCAAAACAACCAUCACCAGUACCACUUCCAUACCCGCACUGGUUCACCCAUCCCUCCAAGAAAUGCCUCUCCAACACCUCCUCUCCCCCCUCUUCCCUCGCUUUCAUCGAUGCCUACGAGUGGAUCGACAUCUACGACCAACCUCGCGUCUACGCUGAGGAAGGGUAUGAUUGGUGGUAAUAAUGGCCUUGGUAGUGGUGAGUAUGCACAGUCGCGGGCAAGUGUCGAUCAAGUCCGAACCUCUGUCGAGCGAGCCACCGCUUCAGCAUCCGCAUCGCCAAGGAUAGAGAGCAAGCUGCGCAUGUCGACUGACAGGACGCGCCCUUGA